AUGGGGCACUGCAUCAAGACAUUCUUUACCUUCGAAGGGACCACAUACGAGCAGAUCAAGGGCACUCCAAUGGGUUCACCAAUCUCCGGACUCAUUGCCGAGGCGGUUCUACAAAAACUCGAGAGACGACUAUUCGAGGAGUACAAACCCAAGUUUUGGGCACGCUACGUUGAUGACACCUUCGUGAUCAUAGACCAAGAUAAAACCAACUACUAUAUGGAAGUACUAAACACAAUCAUGCCCGAUCUACAGUUCACGAUGGAAGAGGAAGUCGAGGACAAACUUCCAUUCUUGGAUGUUCUCGUCUGCCGCCAACCAAAUGGCGAACUAGCGACGUCGGUCUACAGAAAACCGACGAACACGCUGCAAAUUCUCAGCUAA